GGCAACAGGGUGGGGGUGGUACCUUCCAGCUGUGAGGUCACAGAGCCCCACUACAGCCAGCAGGCAGCCAGCCAGAGACUGGGAGAUGAAUUUUGACCAGAAGGCAGUGAAAUUCCUGGCGAGUUUCUACAUCAAUGGAGGCAGACACUGGACCCGUGGGCCCUUGAGCCAGCUGCUAUCCCAAUCCCCCCACAGGCCCGGGUCUGCCCUGCUGUGGCUGGGGGCAGCUUGGGAAGAGGCAUGGCCGUUCCCCAGGCAUGACGUCCCAGCCGUCCUGGGGCUAGGCCUGGACAUCCCCCCCGAGUGCGCACCGGCCAGCAUGGGGGCCCUGAAGGAGUUGUUGCUGGAGCGACGCCCCCCACUCGUCACUGACGUGCAAGUCCCUGGGCCUGCCAAGUACGAGGUACCUGAUGUGUUUGUGCGGGAGAGCUCCCCGCACCCGUGCUACAGCUUGGGACAGAAGCAUCCCGGCCCAGAGGGUGGCGGCCGCAGGGCCUGGCAGACAGAGUGGCUGAGCAGCGAGAGCCCCUUCACGCAGAAGGUGGACUUCAACCGCGAGAAGAAGUGGCCGUCGCCCGCUGACUACCAGCCGCUGAGCGGGCCCGCGGCCCGCGCCUGCAGCCCCUGGGCGCAUCGCCCUGUAUCCAGGGCACCCGAGGGCCAGGCCCGCAGGGCGCCCCCAGGGCCCCAGCCCCUGAUCCAGGCCUUGGCGCGGGCUCGUGGAGAGAAGCACCCAGGCCCCUGCACCUACGACGUUCUGCCCGGGGACUGCCUGCGAAGCCCGCGUUCGCCGGCCUUCUCCAUGCGCAGCGCGCGCGCCCCGGCGUCGGGAGGCAGCCUCGCCGGCGUCCCCGGCCCCGGCGCCUACCGCGCGGAGCUCUGCCUCGAUUCGCGCUUCCGCCCCGCGCCCGGCGGGCUCAUCCAGGGCGCGCGCAGGCCCAAGCGCCACGACACCGGCCCCUUCUGCGCGCUCUAGGGCGCCGGGGCUGCCCGAGGCCCUCUGUCCACGCCCCCGCUGACCAGGUCCGCUCUCCCCAUUACAGACGCUCUCCACGUC